AUGCCACUGUCGAAUCGCCGCCGUGCGCGGCGCAAGGAAAUUCAGUUGCAGGAAACCUCCGACGCGGAAGCACCAGAUUCGUCGCCCAGUCGACCCUCCGCAAAGAAACGCAAAGUUGAUCGCCGCGCCUCCCCCUCCCGCACCGCUAUCAAGGCGGAGUCCGGCGAUGAUGCCGAGGACUCGGCGGGCGAUCAUGACGCCUCCACGCAUCAGGAUAUCGUAGACCUGGUGAUUUCCUAUCUCAACACCCCGCGCGAGGAACUGCGCGUCACACGCGACCACUCCAACGCCAAAACCGAGAACAAGCAGAGCAUUCAGGCAUAUGCAAAGAUCGCCGGCCGCAACUGGACCUACUACGUCAAAACCCUGCAUGUCAAUAUCGGGCGCGAGCCGGACCGCGAGCAGAGAUCAAAUGAGCAAUCCAGCCCCGUCACCAUUGCUGCGCGUGCGCUCCCCGAUGUCCACGUGGAUCUGGGUCCCAGCAAGUUUGUUUCGCGCCUCCAUGCGGAGAUAUUUUAUGACGGCGAAGAGACGCCGGCAUGGCAUAUCCGGGUCAAUGGCCGAAAUGGUGUUCGUCUCAACAAUGUGAUUCUCAAACGUGGCGCCGAUGCCAUUCUCUCCUGCGGUGAUAUCAUCGAAGUGGCCAAUUGCCAAAUGAUGUUUGUGACGCCCGGCGACGAUGCCAAUAUUCACCCUAGCUUUGUUGAGCGUGCGCAGCGUAUUGCCAAUGGCCAAGAGCUGGACCCGGCCACCGCGGCUUGGGAUCCCUCACAGCAUGCCCAUCCUUCCGCGUCCCAGGCCACAGAUUCCGCUCGGCCGUCCUCGUCCGGUGGCCCCUCGCUGGCACCUCCCCCGAAAUUUCUCAACCGCCAAGUUACACCGCCGCCGCGCUCGCCUGACACAGCUGGCAACCGCACAGUUAAGCACUCGCCGUUGUACAACCGCGGUAUGAUGAUGGAGAGCACGGAAGAGAUCGAUUAUAGCAAGGACGCAGCCAAGGACUUAAAGCCGCCUUACAGCUACGCCAACCUGAUUGCCCAGGCCAUCUUCUCCAGCGAGGAGGAGAAGCUUACCCUAAACAGCAUCUACAAUUGGAUCAUGGACAGAUACGCCUUCUAUCGACACUCGCAAAGCGGCUGGCAGAACUCUAUCCGGCAUAACUUGUCAUUGAACAAGGCUUUCCAGAAGGUCCCACGUCGAACGGACGAGCCCGGCAAAGGAAUGAAAUGGCAGAUCGCUGUAGAGUUCCGUGAAGAAUAUCGCAAGAAGCAGAUGCGCAAGGGCACGCAGUCUUCUGCUCCGUCAUCUCCCGCUACUAAAGAGCCUCCAUCAUCAGCACGUGGAACGCAUGUUGCAUCACUGGACACCUCAUUCUCAGCCACAGCCAAGAAGUCCCCGCCUGUCUCAUCCCCGGGUUUCAGUUCUUUCCCCGUGGCUCCCGUCGAAGCGUACACACCAGAGCGUGGCUCACGAGCCGGACGUGGUGUUGGCUCCGAUCAUCCUUUGCGUCAUAUGAACCCGCGCGACUACGAGGAACCUUCACCCCUGCCAGCUCGAUCGCACGCCGCCAAUGCCAGCUCAAGUCAAGCCCAGAACAGCAGCAAUAAUCUCAGCCGUGCCUAUGGGCUCUCGGACAACGUUGCUGGGUCACCGCCAGUACUGUCCUCCUCGUACUAUGACGACGGUCCGUCGUCGAUGAUUACCCCGGCCCCGCAGCGGCAACAGCCCCGCCUGCCCCCUCCCAGCACAGCACAGAUCCCGUCCAAGUUCAUGCCGAUGAGCUCGCCAGCGCAAUUCUGGAAAUUCGCCGAUAUUGGUAGCACUCCGGCUCGGCCGGUGCCGGAUAUGAGCCCGCUAAAAGGCGAGCCCGAAGACCGCAUUAUCGGCGGCUUCCCGAGCAGUAGUCCACCUCCACCGAACCUGGUCAGCCCUAGUAAACCGGGCACCUCGAACGGCCUCGGCUCUAGCAGGACACUGCCACCCUUGCAAUCCGAUGGACCGGAUCUAGGUCCCACUAGUGCGCGGAAGGAAGAGCGCAUGGAGGAUGAAGAUGAAGAUGAUGCAGGCGGCUUCGAUCUGGCUCGUGGCUUCCAACCCAUUGGCUCGUAUCAUCGGCAAUUGAGUAAUGCAGCCCGCGCAACUGCGACUUGA